AUGCCUUCGAAAAGCGCAAACAGCAUGAUCGCUGGCGCAGGGGGCGGCCUCGUCGCCAGCGUCGCCACCUGCCCCCUCGACGUGAUCAAGACCAAGCUCCAGGCCCAGCGCGCGGGCCAUUCGACGCAAGGCUACCUCGGUGUGAACCCUCCGCUCAACGUGCGUGCUCCCCCCCUCCGUCUGCCAGCGACCGUCAAGGACAUCCUCAAGCAUGACGGCAUGCGCGGCAUGUACCGCGGCCUCGGGCCCACCAUCCUCGGCUACCUUCCCACAUGGGCGAUCUACUUUGCGGUCUACGACGGCAUCAAGCGAUAUUUUGGCGAACGCCCACCAGGGGAGGACCGCCAUGUCUAUCCUGCCGCGCAGGUGAAGGGCUACCAGCCGCUGGCGCGCGAGCAUCCCUGGACGCUACAUAUUCUCUCUGCGAUGUCUGCGGGGGCGACGAGCACUAUCUGUACUAAUCCGCUAUGGGUCAUCAAAACCCGUUUCAUGACACAACCACGAACCGAAGUGCGCUACAAACACACACUAGACGCAGCCCUGACCAUUUACCGAACCGAGGGCGCGCGGGCCUUCUUCCGCGGCCUCCUCCCGAGUCUACUCGGAAUUACACACGUCGCCGUCCAGUUCCCGCUCUACGAGCAUCUUAAACGAGUCGCCGCCCGCGGGCGAUCCGAACCGCUGACCCCAGGCCAGAUCCUGGGGUGCUCCGCCGUCGCGAAGAUGACCGCGUCAAUAGCGACGUACCCGCACGAGGUCGUGCGGACGCGGCUACAGACGCAAAAGCGGCCGCUCGCCGUCGGCGGCGCCAGCAGCGGCGCGCCCGCGGUGUCGUACGCGGGCAUCGUGCGCACGACGAAGCACAUGAUCGCCGACGAGGGCUGGCGCGCGCUCUACCGCGGCCUGUCCGUGAACCUCGUGCGCACUGUGCCGAACAGCGCGGUGACGAUGUUGACAUACGAGAUGAUCGUGCGCUACCUGAACGCGCAGGCGGGCUACUCAUAA